CGAGCGCAGGAGCCAGGCCUGCGGAGUGCAGCGCACCGGCCCCAUGGCCCUGGGCGUGGAGCAGCGGCUGGGCAGCCUCGCCGUCUUCACCCGCGACGACUUCGAGGGCGACUGGCGCCUGGUGGCCAGCGGGGGUUUCAGCCAGGUGUUCCAGGCGCGGCACAGGCGCUGGAAGACCCAGUACGCCAUCAAGUGCUCCCCCGGCCUCCUGCCAGAGGCCAGCAGGUACCUGUCGGCCCGCUCUCUCUUUUGGGAGGAGGAACUGAGGGCAGGGGCUCCGGCAGGGACCAUCUGGGUGAGGCGGGAUUGCCCCCUCGGCCUUUCCAAACUCCAGCCAGCGGCCAGGUUCCUCAGGCUCAGCACGCGUUUGUCCUGUGACUGCAUGCAGCUAGCACCACACCUGCUGGUGCAAUCCAGAGAUAAGGUCCUCCAGAUCACUGUGGGAGAGCUGGGCUGGGAAGGGGAGAGAAAGAGUUCUAUGGAGGCAAGACUGUUGCCCCUGUCCCCACCCUGGGCUUCCUCCCAGAUUUCAGACUUUGGCUUGUCUAAAUGGAUGGAACAGUCAACCCGGACGCAGUACAUCGAGAGGUCGGCUCUGCGGGGCACCCUCAGCUACAUGCCCCCUGAGAUGUUCCUGCAGAGUAACAUGGCCCCAGGACCCAAAUACGAUGUGUACAGCUUCGGGAUGUCAUCUGGGACAUCUCACACAAAAGAAAUCAUACUCAGUAGCAGACGCAUACUGGGGAGAAGGAAGGAGUGGCGGACGGCAUGGACCAGAACGGCCCUGCUGAUCCACCCUGUGUCUCUGGUUCUCCCUCCCCAGGUCAGUGAGGAGGUCAGCCAGGAGCUUACAGACAGCGAGUCAGGAGGCGACUUGAAGCGGGUCCUGCAGCUCUCGGACAGUGAGAGCCUGGUCCCCAGCGAUGAGGAGCUGCGCAUCUACGAGAACAAGGUCACCCCCCUCCACUUCCUGGUGGCGCAGGGCAGCGUGGAGCAGGUGAGGCUGCUGCUGGCCCAUGAGGUCGACGUGGACUGCCAAACGGCCUGCGGCUACACGCCCCUGCUCAUCGCCACCCAGGACCAGCAGCCUGAGCUGUGCGCCCUGCUCCUGGACCACGGGGCCGACGCCAACCUGGCCGAUGAGGACGGCUGGACUCCGCUGCACUUCACAGCCCAGAAUGGGGACGACCGAACCGCCCGCCUGCUCCUGGACCGCGGGGCCCGCGUGGAUGCCCAGGAGCAUGAGGGGUGGACCCCAUUCCACCUGGCUGCACAGAACAACUUUGAAAAUGUGGCACGACUUCUGGUCUCCCGUCAAGCUGACCCCAACCUGCGUGAGGCCGAGGGCAAGACCCCUCUCCACGUGGCCGCCUACUUUGGCCAUGUCACCCUGGUCAAGCUGCUGACAGGCCAGGGGGCUGAGUUAGAUGCUCAGCAGAGAAACCUGCGGACACCACUGCACCUGGCCGUGGAGCGAGGCAAAGUCAGGGCCAUCCAACACCUGCUGAAGAGUGGGGCGGCCCCUGAUGCCCUUGACCGGGAUGGCUACAGCCCACUGCACACCGCAGCCGCCAGGGGCAGGUACCUUAUCUGCAAGAUGCUGCUCAGGUAUGGGGCCAGCCUCGAGCUGCCGACCCAGCAGGGCUGGACACCCCUGCAUCUAGCAGCCUACAAGGGCCACCUGGAGAUCAUCCAUCUGCUGGCUGAGAGCCAUGCAGACUUAGGGGCUCCCGGCAGCAUGAACUGGACCCCCCUGCACCUGGCUGCCCGCCACGGGGAGGAGGAGGUAGUGGCAGUGCUGCUGCAAUGCGGGGCUGACCCCAAUGCUGCCGAGCAGUCAGGCUGGACACCCCUCCACCUGGCGGUGCAGAGGGGCAGCUUCCUGAGCGUCACCCACCUCCUGGAGCACCACGCAGACGUCCAUGCCCACAGCAAGGGAGGCUGGACCCCUGCCCACCUGGCCGCCCUGAAGGGCAACAUGGCUAUCCUCAAAGUGCUGGUCAGAGCUGGUGCCCAGCUGGACGUCCAGGCUGGGGAGGGCUGCACACCCCUGCAGCUGGCCCUCCGGAGCCAAAAGCAGAGCGUCGCCGCCUUCCUGGAGGGCAAGGAGCCCUCGCUGGCCGUUGUGGGCAGUGCUGAGCCUGGAGACCAGACUGAAGUAUAGGCUCCUGGGCUCUCCUCACCAUGAGGACGAGGGGUUGGUGAAGUGCACUGGGCUUCUGGCAGGGCCCCUUCCCUGUACUUGCCACCUAGUCCCCUGCGUGAUGGAGGGACAGGAAGAGGCACACUGAGGUUGCAGCCAGGGAGGGGCCCUGGCUUGGAGAGGUCCUUCAACACCUCCCCCAAGUGCGAGUCCAGCAGACCCAGCCUCCUCCUCCUUCUGAACCUGGACUCAGCCCCCAAAGUGAGUUCCCUGCUCAUUCCCAAGACUCCUGCCACCUUUAGCCAGGUGCCCCUGGGCUCACACGGCCCUUUGCAUCCCAAGAACCCGCUCUGAGGACAAAGGCACAGAGGAGACAGAAGUGCUCCCCCAGCUCAGGUCUGUG